CAUUAUAAUAAGAUAUUUUCAGAGUGAAUAUAAUUGCACUUAAAUUGUUUAUUUUUUGUAUUUGAUUUGUAUUUAUAUUUUUUUGUAUGUUUGAGCAUUGUUAAUACCUGUGUUUUGUUUGCUAGACAUGUUUGAUGUAGCAAUGUAAGUUGAUUUUUGUAUUACGAAUAAAAUAAAUAAAAAAAUGUAAGAGUAUGAGUCGAGAAACUUGCCUAUUUUAUUCGGAAGUACGUUAUGUGACGAUUUCAAAGUCAAAAAGACAUUACAGAGGACAAGUUACGUAUCUUAAAUGUUGGAUUUUGUUGUUGCAAUGUGUUGCUUCUUGUUCACGCAAUUCGUGCAAGUAAUGGGUUUUGGUGCUUGGCGCCCAAUUGACUCCCAUUGAAGCAGAGAAUUUCUUACCCACAAUCCACCGCGUGGCACAUUGACUACGUACAGUGGGCGUUAAUACGAGUCCAAUGGAGUUUCCCAUCUCCUUUAAAAGUAUAUAUGUGACGGCUAGUCACAGCAUAGCUAGCUUGGCUACUUGUGUCUCAGUCAGUGUUGGGAAUGCAGCCACCACUCCCACCGGAUACAGUCAGAGAGCUGGUGUGUUCCUGUCUUCACAGGGACCCAGUAGCCGCUGAUCUGAGAUGCAGCCUGUUUGUGGCAGCUGCUCAGAACUACAAGCGGGACUCAGUUCUCAGACCCUAUCCCCCCAGAUACAUCCGAGACGGAGACACCAAGGAGUUUGAUGAGCUGCUGUCAGAUGUCAGCAGUUUGCCUGGUGUGAGGGAGCUGGUGAGACUGAGACCUGGUGAAGCUGACCAUCAUCUGGCCCUCACACACUGGGUUCUCUCCUCCAAGAGCUUCGCUGUGAAAACACUACAGAAAGACGAGUAUGCCAAGCUGUGUAACCUGACGGAGAGUGAGGGGAUCUCCACGCCUGUUCCAGACUUCCUGUUUGAGCUGGAGUACUGCGACCAGAUGAACGCCAAGUUUGAGAAGACACGGGCGGGACGCGACCUCUUCUAUGCAUUCCACGGCAGCCGACUGGAGAACUUCCAUUCUAUCAUCCACAACGGACUACACUGCCACCUCAACAAGACGUCGUUGUUCGGAGAGGGCACCUACCUCACCAGUGACCUCAGCAUGGCGGUCCUCUACAGUCCCCAUGGCAACGGUUGGCGUGACAGUCUCCUGGGACCGUUGCUAAGCUGUGUCGCCGUGUGUGAGGUCAUCGACCACCCAGACGUUAAGUGCCAGGUGAAGAGGAAAGACUCGGAGACCAUUGACCGUCAGCGCUCCAGAGCCAGGAACAGUGAAGGAGGAGAGGUCCCUCAGAAGUACUUUGUGGUCACCAACAAUCAGCUGCUCCGAGUCAAAUACCUGCUAGUGUACUCUCAGAGAAGACACCUGUCCAGACAUUCCCGGGGCAGGUCAUGGCUGGUUAGACAUCACUUUGCCAUUAUGAUGAGUCUCUAUCUGCUGCUACUCAUCUUCAUCGGUGCCUUCAACUCCACCACAUUCCUCUCCUUCUGGAACAGGCUUUUCCGGUGACGUCACAAUCGCAGGAUCACACUCUUCUGGUGACGUCACAAUGAAAUCACCGGACCUCACUAAUCACAGGACAUGGUCUUCUGUUGCAAUCACACGAGUCUCUGGUGCUUUCCUACUGCAGCCCCGGUUGGUCCAGCCUGAGGCUCUCUAUAGGCUUAUACCCCCAGUGUUUCCUGGGGAAAUUGUUUCUCUUUUCCAUCCUUAGGGCUGACAUUAAGGACUUGUUGAACUUGACACUGCUCUUCCCAUCUCUGAAUAUUCAAACCGUUUCUUAUGAGAAGGAAUAGUUCAUAUAUACAUGGACCAUUCUUGUCAUUCAUAGUGCCUUCCAUAACAGAGAGACACCGACAGAGAGACAAUCAGACAGAUGGGCAAAUAGGACAUCAAUAUUAUACACUAUUUCCCUUUAAUCUCUUUCCUGUCUUCCACCUCUUUGUAUGUACAGUAUAGGUGGUUAUUACCACGAGGUCGACCGAUUUAAAUCGGAAUGGCCGAUUUAAUUAGGGACGAUUUCAAGUUUCCAUAACAAUCGUAAAUCUGUAUUUUUGGACACCAAUUUUGUUUGAAUUAUUAUUAUUUUUUACACCUUUAUUUAACAAGGCAAGUCAGUUAAUGUCAUAAGGUGUAUGCACCAAUUUGUAAGUCGCUCUGGAUAAGAGCGUCUGCUAAAUGACUUAAAUGUAAAUGUAAGUUAAGAACACAAUCUUAUUUUCAAUGACGGCCUAGGAACGGUGGGUUAACUGCCUCGUUCAGGGCAGAACGACAGAUUUUCACCUUGUCAGCUCGGGGGAUCCAUUCUUGCAACCUUACAGUUAACUAGUCCAACGCAAUAACGACCUGCCUCUUGUUGCACUCCGAGCAGCCUGCCUUUUACAAGAAUGCAGUAAGCCAAGGUAAGUUGCUAGCUACCAUUAAACUUAUCUUAUAAAAAACAAUCAUUCAUAAUCACUAGUUUACUACACAUGGUUGAUGAUAUUACUAGAUAUUAUCUAGCGUGUCCUGCGUUGUGUAUAAUCUUGACAGCAUACAAGUAUCUGACUGAGUGGUGGUAGGCAGAAGCAGGUGCGUAAACAUUAAUUCAAACAGCACUUCUGUGCGUUUUGCCAGCAGCUCUUCGUUGUGAGUCAAGCAUUGUGCUGUUUAUGACUUCAAACCUAUCAACUCCCGAGACGAGGCUGGUGUAACCGAAGUGAAAUGGCUAGCUAGUUAGCGCAUGCUAAUAGCUUUUCAAACGUCACUCGCUCUGAGACUUGCUCUGCAUGGGUAACGCUGCCUCGAGGGUGGCUGUUGUCGUUGUGUUCCUGGGUCGAGCCCAGGUAGGGGCGAAGAGGGGGACGGAAGCUAUACUGUUACACUGGCAAUACUAAAGUGCCUAUUAGAACAUCCAAUAGUCAAAGGUAAAUGAAAUACAAAUGGUAUAGAGGGAAAUCGUCCUAUAAUUCCUAUAACUACAACCUAAAACUUCUUACCUUGGAAUAUUGAAGACUCAUGUUAAAAGGAACCACCAGCUUUCAUAUGUUCUCAUGUUCUGAGCAAGGAACUGAAACGUUAGCUAUUGCACUUUUACUUCUCCAACACUUUGUUUUUGCAUUAUUUAAACCAAAUUGAACAUGUUUCAUUAUUUAUUUUGAGACUAAAUUGAUUUUAUUGAUGUAUUAUAUUAAGUUAAAAUAAUUGUUCAUUCAGUAUUGCUGUAAUUGUCAUUAUUACAAGUAAAUAAAAAUUGUCCGAUUUAA